CCGUCCCCUCCCCGCCGGUCACGAGGCCUCGCCGCGGACAAAACGCUCGCACGGGCCCCGUAGCCCCUGUCCAAAUCACGCAGCACGCCACCACUGACACACAGGAGAGAGAGAGAGGGUGGGGGAGGGAGGGAGGCGGCGGCGAGGCAAUGGCGACGCUGCCGCAGCGGUUCAAGCUGCUGGCGACGCGGUGCGCGGCGGGGGCGCCCAGCCCGUCGAGGAGCCCUGCGCCGGCGUACGCGACCGGGGCCGCCAGCCCGGGGUACCGCCUGCGCCGCCGGGCCCGGGGCGGGGCGGGGGCCAGCGCCAGGCGCCGCGGGCGCCUGCGCCGCUUCCUCUGCCGCCGCGGCGGCGGGAGUGGCGAAGGCGAGCCCCUGGCGGCCGCGCGGCGGGAGGAGGAGGACGACGACGUCAGGAGGCCGCUGUUCGGCGGGGGCCGGGCGGGCGGCGGGGGCCGCACGCUGCGGGAUCUGUUCGUGGCGUCCCCGGAGGCCGGGCGCCGCCGUGGGGGCUGCAGCUGCGACGAGGACGAGGACGGCGAGGAAGAUGGCGGCGGGAGGGCGGGCGCGGAUCCUGGCGGCGGCGGCGCGUGGCGGGGAAGCCGGAGGUUCGGCUCCGGCGGGCUGCGGAGCCUGCUGAUGCGGCGGAGCUGGCGGCCGGUGCUGGUGGCCAUCCCGGAGGCGGACGGCGGCAAGAUCGAGCUCGGCGCCAUCGAGGAAUAAUAAGAGAACUGAACUGAGCGAGUGCGGGCUGGAACGGAUGGGGGAUCCGAAUCCUCGCGACGUCGUCUUCCCCCUCCCUGCCUCUGUUCUUGUUUCCUCUGUUUCUUCUUCUCUCCUCCUUUCCGGGGCCUCACCGGAUAUCCUGUGGGUGACUGCCGGCGCGCUGUGAAUAUGACGCAAUUGAAAUGCCAAAUUACUCGCCAUUACUA